AGGGACGAACGGGGCGGUCGGAGUGACGUCAGGGGCCGGUUGAUGGUCCUUAUGUAGGGUAGGUGAGGCAGCUCAGGCAGCUCGGGCAGUGUGUGGCACAGUGAGAUCGCUCCCAUUCACAGACACUUCGUUACAUAUACAGAGGGCAGGAUGUGCGGAAUCUUUGCUUACCUCAACUACCAUGUGCCACGCACCAGGCGGGAGAUUCUAGAAAGGCUCAUCAGAGGCCUCCAGAGACUGGAAUAUAGAGGAUACGACUCUGCAGGAGUGGGUAUUGAUGGCGGCAAUGAAAAGAACUGGGAGAACAACUCCAACCAAAUCCAACUCAUCAAGAAGAAAGGCAAAGUUAAGGCCUUGGAUGAAGAAAUCAACAAGCUUGAGGACAUGGAUCUUGACAUUGAAUUUGAGAUCCAUUUGGGCAUUGCACACACUCGCUGGGCUACACACGGAGAGCCAAGUCCCACAAACAGCCAUCCUCAGCGCUCUGACAAGAAUAACGAGUUCAUUGUCAUUCACAAUGGCAUCAUUACCAACUACAAAGACCUGAAGAAGUUCUUGGAGAGCAAAGGCUACGAAUUUGAGUCUGAAACAGACACAGAAACCAUUGCCAAGCUGGUGAAAUACAUGUAUGACAACAAGGAAAGUGAUGAAAUCAGCUUCGCCACCUUGGUAGAACGUGUUAUACAGCAGCUGGAAGGGGCUUUUGCACUUGUAUUUAAAAGUGUUCAUUUCCCAGGACAAGCAGUGGGGACCAGGAGGGGCAGCCCACUCUUGAUGGGGGUACGAAGUGAACAUAAGCUGUCCACAGAUCACAUUCCCAUCCUGUACCGUUCAGGCUUGGAAAAGAAAGGGAGCUGCUCUUUGCCCAGGCAUGAUAGCACCACCUGCCUGUUCCCAGUGGAGGAGAAAGCAGUAGAAUAUUUUUUCGCCUCAGAUGCCAGCGCUGUUAUUGAGCACACCAACCGCGUUAUCUUCCUGGAAGAUGAUGAUGUAGCUGCAGUGGUGGACGGCCGGCUCUCCAUCCAUCGUAUUAAGCGAAAUGUAGGGGAUCACCCAGCUCGCGCUAUCCAGACUCUGCAGAUGGAGCUGCAGCAGAUCAUGAAGGGAAACUUCAGCUCUUUUAUGCAGAAGGAAAUCUUUGAGCAACCAGAGUCUGUUGUCAAUACCAUGAGAGGCAGAUUGAAUUUUGAUGACCUCACAGUGAAUCUGGGAGGACUUAAGGAUCACAUUAAAGAAAUCCAGAGAUGUCGACGUCUGAUUCUUAUUGCCUGCGGAACUAGUUACCACGCUGGAGUUGCUACGCGCCAGAUACUGGAAGAGCUGACAGAACUGCCCGUCAUGGUGGAACUAGCUAGCGACUUUUUGGACAGGAACACACCCGUUUUUAGGGAUGACGUGUGCUUUUUUAUCAGCCAAUCAGGUGAGACUGCCGAUACUCUGCUUGCCCUCCGCUACUGUAAAGAGAGGGGUGCCCUGACUGUGGGUGUAACAAACACUGUGGGCAGUUCCAUCUCCCGAGAGACAGACUGUGGGGUACAUAUCAACGCUGGGCCUGAAAUUGGUGUGGCCAGUACAAAGGCCUAUACUAGCCAGUUUGUAUCCCUCAUAAUGUUCGCCCUGAUGAUGUGUGAUGAUCGGAUAUCCAUGCAGGAGAGACGCAAGCAGAUCAUUAAUGGCCUGAAAAUCUUACCAGACAACAUUAAAGAAGUGCUUAGCCUGGAUGAUGAGAUUCAGAAGCUGGCAUCUGAAUUGUACCAGCAGAAAUCUGUCCUUAUUAUGGGCCGUGGAUUUCACUACGCAACCUGCAUGGAAGGAGCUUUGAAAAUUAAGGAGAUCACAUACAUGCAUUCAGAGGGGAUCUUGGCAGGAGAGCUAAAGCAUGGCCCAUUGGCCCUGAUAGACAAGCUUAUGCCAGUCAUCAUGAUCAUCAUGCGGGAUCAUUCCUACACCAAGUGCCAGAAUGCCCUGCAGCAAGUGGUGGCUCGUCAGGGCCGUCCAGUUGUCAUCUGUGAUAAAGAGGACACAGAAACCAUUAACUCCAUCAAGCGCACAAUAAAGGUCCCUCACACUGUGGACUGUCUGCAGGGAAUUCUGAGUGUCAUUCCUUUACAGCUCCUCGCUUUCCACCUCGCUGUGCUGAGGGGAUACGAUGUGGAUUGUCCAAGGAACUUGGCCAAGUCUGUGACUGUGGAGUAGAUUUGAUUCUGCCAAUCCCAAGAAGACACUUUUUACUUGUACAAUUUAUUUUUCUAAAUGCUGUUUUUACAUGUUGUAUUUAUGUUUCCUUCCCAUUCCCUGGUUUUUGAGUCUUCCUUGCCUGUCUCUUCACUUUUACCCUGUACAUACAGAAGCACAGUCUCUCCAGUGGACGGACUUGGAGCAUAUCAAUUGUAGUACACUUUUCAUCUCUAUUCAUUUGAACUGGCUCUAUGCCAGAACCAACGCUAACUCCUUCCUGUUGUGCCACAUACUCAACUGAUGUGGAGGACAUACGUUAUUGUUUGGAUCCUGCUUGCUCAACAAUGAUGAGGCUUAACUAGUAAGCUCUUAUUUUUAACUGGACAUUGAAGUUCAUUGGGGAAUUGAAGGUAUUUUAAUGUAUUUAACAUGAAGGACCUGCUAAUAGGUUUUGUUAUUGUGCUCUACACUUUUGGCAUUGUGAGAUUGUCGCUGUCAGUUUAAAAAUCCGAGCUGAAACCAGCUACUACAUCUUAUCCCCCCCCAUCUCAUUCUGACUACAUUCCAGAAAAUACUUUUAGACUAGGCAUUCCAAUCUGUUGCCCUCUCAGUUGUGUUGGACUGCAGCAUCCAUGAACAGUGUUGGGCUGUAGUUCAGAGGCUCCAGGGCCCCAGGUUGCCAAUUCCUGUUCAAGGGCAAUUCUUUUUUUUAAAUUUAAGUAGCUAAGGGCAAGUUGGUGUGCUGCUAUCAUCCACUGCUGGCUAGGUAAGCUAGGAGAUGUAGCUCAGAUGUUUGAUAUUAAGAUACAUCCGCUUUGCUUGUCAGUCAUUGCACAUUCAAUUGCACCAAACAUAUUUUCAUAGAUGCUGUGGAAACUUGAGAGGGGGGUUUCCAAUCAGUUCAGGAACAUUUCCUGGAAAGCCUGAUUUAAUCCCUCAAACAAGAAACUCUGCUGGACUUUACAGGGGGGUAACGACUGUUUGGACCGCCGUCUUUUUUUUUUUUUAUUGUCCUUGCAGAGCUAUAAAAGCCUUACACGAUCAUAUCUACUUGACUUGAGGUGCUCUGCAGGCUCUAGUGAAACCCCAUAACUAGAUACUGCAAAGGUUUAGUCCAACUCUUUCCACCUGUGUGUAGUACUCUCUUUCCAAUCGGGUCACACCAGCAUAUAAUUAACCAAUGUAGAAUAGGAUGGAGCACACGGUAGGCAGACGCUGUUGCAAUUAAAUUUUAUUCAGUCACACCAUGUUUCGGAUCUCCAUGGAUCCUUUUUCAAGUGAAAACUAAUUUGAAAAUUUCACUUGAAAAAGGAUCUACGCUGAUUCGAAACAUGGUGUGACUGAAUAAGAUUUAAUUACAGCAGCGUCUGCCUACCGUGUGCUCCAUCCUGUUCUACGUUGGUUAAACCCCAUAACUAUGCCUUGUUACUGCUUGAAAAUGAUAAUCUUGUUGAUUUUUUUUGGGGUGUACUUUGUGACAGUGUUCUGAUAAUCAUACUCUUUAUUUAUUUUUUAACAGCAUUUAACGGUUUGUGCUGGAGCUUGUAAAAUUGUGAACUUAAAGGCACACAUCUUGAGGGCAAUCGAGAGAGGUUAGAAAGUGGUGGCAGCCCAUCCAAGUGGAGCUCAUUAUCAAGGCUGUUGGCCAGUGGUUGCUCUGUGGGAAGGCUGAUAUUUUUAUGUAUUAAUGAAAGAAAAUGAAGAAUCUCGUUGGUCUGUUGACCUCUGCAUGUGGACCUUUUAUACUCAAAAAGAGAAUUGAGUAAAUGCUUAUUAGGGUAUCAGUUACAGACCCUCUCUUCUCCUAUUGGGAAAGCCAUUAUUCAGUAGAAAUGUGCAAUAUAAUUGAUGCGGGAAUUCCUGGCUGGUUAACGUUUCUUCUUUAAUCUAGAACCUAAGGCUCUGUUUGUGGGAUUUAUAGUUGACUCAUCUGCCAGUUUCCAAAAAGCAGAAACUCUGGGCCCAGGCAAGAUCUUAUCUUACAGGAAGGCUGGGGCCCAGUCUAGGUGGAGAGUAUGUAACUCAGGUCUUUUCAUUCUGCUGUUUUCAGUUGGUUGACAACUCCCUCAAGGGGAGUCUGAAAGUAACAAUUGAGUAACAGCUAGAAACAGGCCACAGGUUGGAUGCUCUGAUGCAUAUACUAAAGAUACCAUUGUUUAAUAAUAAAAUGUUAAUUUAGGGAGUAAUGCUGGGCUCUUACUGCCCUGGGAUAUUCUGUGCUAGUGUUCUCUCUGUCUGUAAAUUCUGGGCAGACAGACUCCUUAUAGUAGGAAAUGAAGGCUUUUUAAGGCUUAAGAAUGUACUACUCUGAAGUAUAAGAAAAAAUGUGAUGUUAUUCCCAAAUUCCCUCCCUCCUAUUUUGUAAUGAAAAUAAUAGUUCAUAUAAAUGUAUUGUUGAUGUCCAACCUGUGUCCCUGUGCCUGUUGCUUAGAUACAAGUUCCAGCAUCUUGCAAUGGCUGAGGCUAAGGGACGCUGGGAUCAGUAGUAAAGGGACUCAGGUUGGGCAUCCUUGCUGUAGAUCCUAUUCUGUUUCCAUGAGAUGGCUAAUAGAUCUGCCAAGGUUCUCCUACUGAUACAGGAGAUGUUUACAGAGGACCAAAGAUACGUAUAGUACUUACUGUAAAAUGCACCUCUGAAAUCUGUGAAAAUAAAACAAAUGUGUACAGUC